AUGAUUUACGGUAUAAAAAGACGCAGAGCGACUCAGGAACCUGCCCAACGGGUAGCCUUUAGUUAAUUGUAGAGCGGAAAGGAGGGGGACGUUUGGCACCAGCGCUCCUCUGUGCGUAAAGACGCCUGAUGUUUGGACAGACGCAGAUUCGGGCUCACCGCGCGCAAACGCCCACAUCCUUAGGUCGGCUCUGCUUUCUUUAGGUGAAUGAAAGUUUCCUAUAAGGGGGACAGCAAAGAAGAUGAUAUCUGACCAGGAUGAGUCGGAAAGGUGAACUUAAAUAAUCAUAAGUGCGCGACAACCACCUGUUAUAAAUCAGCGCGAAAUGGGCAUGCUUAGUGUGGAUCUCCUGGUAACUUUGCAGAUCUUGCCUGGUUUCUUCUCCAACUGCCUGUUUUUCGUGCUCUAUGAUUCGAUAGUGCUGGUAAAGCGUGUGGUGUCACUCCUGAGCUGCUCGGGCUCCACGGGUGAGUGGCAGCGCAUGUUAACCACAGCCGGCGUGCGCUCCAUAUGGAACAGCUUUCUGAUGGAUGCCUACAAACAGGUGAAGCUGGGCGAAGCUGCUCCAAACUCCAAGGUGGUGAAGGUUGCUGGCAUCAACAGAUGCUGGAGCGUCAGCGGUAAGACCCACAACGAGUGCCAUCUGCUGGACUUCGAGUCUCCCGACCGCCCAUUAGUGGUCAACUUUGGCUCGGCCACCUGACCCCCAUUUAUAAGCCAACUGCCGGUUUUCCGGCGGAUGGUGGAGGAAUUCUCAGAUGUGGCAGACUUCCUGCUUGUCUACAUCGAUGAGGCUCACCCCUCAGACGGCUGGGCGGCUCCUCCCAUGGAGAACUUUUCGUUUGAAGUGAGGAAACACCGUAAUCUGGAGGAGAGAAUGUUUGCCGCCCGGACACUUCUGGAGCAUUUCUCUUUGCCUCCUCAGUGCCAAUUGGUAGCAGAUUGCAUGGACAACAAUGCCAACGUAGCCUACGGUGUGGCUUACGAGCGGGUUUGCAUUGUGCAGAAGAAUAAAAUCGCUUACCUAGGGGGUAAGGGUCCAUUUUUCUACAACCUUAAAAAUGUUCGGCACUGGCUCGAGAAGAGCUACGGGAAGCGAUAAUUUCUUUAAAAAAAGAGGUCAAAUAGCAUUUUCUGUGAAUGCUAUAAGAUUUUAUUUUUGUAUAAUGGAGAGAAAUCGAGAGUUAGGUGCUUUCUGAACUGUUUAACGGUGGCUCCGGUGGAAACACUUGGGCUAGGGUCCAGGUCAUUUUCUUGAAUUGUCUAAAAUGAUCAGCAGGUGUCCUACAUUCCUAACCACUUUACAAAAAGAAUGAAAAGAAUAUAGACUUUAAAUACUGACCGUGUGGUUUGCACUUAAAUUUCGAGAUUACAUUGUUGCCAGCAAAACAAUUUGUAGAUGCACUAUUAAUAACUUGUUCCUUUGCGAUUUAAUGUAGAGUUAAAGUGUGCAAUAUUUUUAUGCGACAUAACAUAUAUUGCUUACAAAAGAAAACCAAAUUGCUGAAAAGAAGAGAAAGCACAAGUACCCGGCUUUUAUAUGAAAAGAGAAUAAUUUAUUUUUAUUGACAUUCAAUGUUUAUUUUUAAUAUGUGGCCUGUUUAUGCGCUUGUAACGCUUUCCCUUCCCCUUUUCAACUGACAAUCGUACAUAUUCCAUGUACCAUCAGCUUUUACAUCCCUGAUACACUGUUCAGUUCAUUUGCACCGGUAAUAAAAGCAUUCCCGGCGUCCCAUUAUGAAAACGACUAACUCAUUCGACCCGUAUUGUAAUUAACAAUCACCAAAUGAAUGGCCUCAGCCACCGGACUUAGCUUCAGUGCAGUGUACAGGAAAGCUGAUGAAAAGUUAUUUUACUCCUGAAUGUUAGAGAAAAGUUUUCGAAUGUCAUCGACAGAUUGGCAGUCGCUUAUUUGGGUCAAUACGGCGAUGGUGUGCACAUGAAAAUCACAGACGAAAUGGUCUUCUGUCCUGUCUGUGGUUGGAUGACAGACCACACCUCUCUGUCCUGAUCCAAAUGAGCGCGACUGCUAACAUGCUGAAACAAUCACUCUGAAUCUGAAUCAGUCUGAAGGCUUUGAGUUUUGUUUCACAGAACUGUUUUCAUGUACUACAACCAUCCUCUUGCUUUUAAUGAGAAAAAGGCAAGGAAAAUAAAGUUGAACUGCUGCUGACUGUGACUUUCCCCCAGUUUUUGUGUUUGAUUCUGGGAAAUUUCAAUGAGGGGUGAUUGGAUUGAAAAAGGGGAGGGAAAAAGUUCCAGAUGGAGAAAAUGUUGCAUGAUGACCAAUAAAAAAAAAAAGGAAAAGGAAAUGCACCAGCCGUAAGGGGUCGAGGAGUACAUGUGCUUUUUUUCCCUCCCCAUUAAAUAUGUGUCUGCAUAGUGAUGGGUCUGAACAUGUGCAACACAAUCAAACCGUGUGACGCAGAGGUCUCUGGCUGAACUUCUGCGUCUUCGAGGCUGCCAAUAACUAAAUAGCAAAGGCUCAGGGAGAACAUGUCCCUGGGAAGCACCAUGAAACAGAACCCCUUGUUGUGGCCGGGCAUCGCUUAUCCGAGCGGAACUAGUCCAUUUGGACCACUAAGACGUUAUUCACAGACUGUCUCAGUCUUGGAAGGAAUCGUGCUGCACGAUGGAGCAGGGAGGUUGCCAACGUUAAAGAUGGAGGCAUCGGAAAAGAGAGCCACACAACAGCUACAAACACAAGCCCCACUCCAGGAAAGAGUCCCAUGGUGUGCUUUCUAAGGAAUGCGUUUGGUAAACAGGUACUGAACAGAAUUCUAAGCAGCGUGUGAAGAAGUGUUCUCAUUUAUAGGGCAUAACAAGGACGCGGGACGGAGGGGGGAAACCUGGUCCCAUUAAUUCAGAUAAGGUCAAAACGUGACUCCUUAGAAAAGCGGACGUUUGCCAAAUCGGCCAGUAUACAUUUAAACGAAAUGUUGAUGCAAGCGCUUAAAUGUAUGUGUCUGCAGUUCAAAAAGAUAAGCCGUUUAUGUUCAUACUUCGACAGUGGACUAUUUGGUUUGGAUGUGAUCUGACCGCUCUCUCGGAAAAAUGAUCUUAGUUUUAAUAUCAAUAUAUUCAGUAAAUCAGCUCAGAGUCCAACCCGAGGGAUGCCAAACAUUUUAUUCAUAUUUAACGCACUUUUUUCCUACAUGUAUAAAUCGAGGAAAAUGAAAAAUUCCUAAAGAUAAUCAGAUCUUAAAGGGAUAGCGCACUCAAAAAUGAAAAUUCUCUCAUUAUUUACAGUACUCAGCCUAAUGUUGUUCCAAACAAAACGGAGUAUAUUUAAAAAAAAUAAAAUAAAAUAAAAGUCAAUAGGGUCCAAACAUCUUAUUUUGAAAAUAAGUCCAAAGUUUUGAAACGGCAUGAGUGCGUAAAUGAUGACACAAUUUUCAUUUCUGGCUUAACUAUCCCUUUAAAGAACCUUUCUGAGAAUCGUAUGAUAUUAAGCGGUAAGGAUUUGACUGUAUUGCAUACAAAUCACAAAUCAAACUGGUCAAACACCUUCUUGCACUGUAAAUGUGAGUUCAUUUUCCUUUUUCAUAUACGCACCAGUCUAUACUGUCACAAUAAUCCACCCUAACAGUUCUUAUGUUAUCAACAACAUAAUCUUAUAUGUCUUGUUUUCAUUUGUCCUCUCUUUGACUCUGGUAAGAAUCUUAGCAGCUUUUGGAGAUGCACUUAGUCACUGAUACAGCACAUGGAUAAGACAAAAUUAUGCUUUUAUCUAAGUCUUAUAAAGGUUAGCUUGUAGAGCCAAGUAUUUGCACUUUGAAUUGAGUUCAAACUGAACAUGCUACAAAUAUUGUUGAUGCUUGAUGACCAGCCUGUGCUCGAAACACAUGUAAUUCAGCUAAAACCGUACAACCUGGAAUUCAUAUAACAUUAAAUAUCAUGUUUUACAGUUGAUUGUUUUAUGGCCUGAUAUAUGGUCAUAUCUGCAUAUGCAUGUAGCAAACUUAACUUAUGCUAAUCAACAUACUCUGGUUUCUAUACAUUACUGGUAGUAGAUAAGACUAUGGGACUAUCACUAAGAGCUAUGCUCAAACUCAUAAUCAGAUUCACUUUUAUGCUUGAAACCGUUCUUGACCUGUAAGGUACAAACUGUCUGAUCAAUUUAUUACAAAAAUGAAAAUAUAUUAUUAUUAAUAAUAAUAGCGUUACUACUAUUAACACAAUCCUUCAUUUCAUUUCUUCCUGAUGCUGUGAAAGCCUAACAACUGAAACUGAACUUUUGGUAAGAAUUAAUACUGAAUGUAUUUUACAUAUAUUUUGAGAGGAACUAUUAAGAAUGUUGAUUGGCAGCUUGAUACAUGUGCCUUGUUUCCUACUAUGUUUAAUGCCAAGUUUGUUUUAUUGUGCCAUUUGGCUGAUUAAAGAUGCAGCAAAUUGGACAA